AUGGAUGACCAAUUUGGCGGACGAACCGACGAUGAUCUGUUCUACGAUGACUUUGAACCCGUCGAAAGCGAGACUGUCAUCGUCUCUGAGCAACCACCAAUAACGCCCGCGCCUACGAGAUCGCCGGCGCCUGUUCCUGUCUCCCAGCCACAAAAGAGCCCUUCAAAACCAGUCCAAGGUCUCUCGUCUUCACGAUUCGCCGACAGUCCAGAGCCUCCCGAGCAGACGACACCUCCAGCCGAUGCGUCAGCUGAACCCGCAGAUGCUGCCUCACUCGCUGCGAGCGGGCCGCCCUCAGACGCGCCAACCGGCCCCAAGAAACGCCAGAAAGGGAACGGCAGAAAUCACAAGAACCAUCAACCCCGCGCGGGGUCUGGCGCCAAUCCUCGGCAAAAGCUCACGGAAGAUGAGCUUUCGGCCAAGAUGCAGCAUAUGAAGCUACUCAACGCAGAGAAGGAACGCAAGUUCGAACGAGCUUCUCAAGACGAGAAGCAGCAUGCUGAGGCCUAUGCUAAAGGUAUGGAAGAGGCACGCAAGAGGCGCAAGGAGGCCGAGGAGCGGAGAAAGCGAACCGAAGAGACCCAACGAAAGCUAAAUGAUGAGCGUGAGAAGAAUAGAGAGCGGAAGCUCAAAGCUAUGGGCACAAAAGAAGGAGGGUCCUGGGAUGAGGGCAAAGUCGAACAGCUCGAGGAAGAACGUCGCAGGGGUUUCAAAGGAGCAAACGGUGGGGGGGACCUCGGCGAUUGGGCCGAACAUGUUGAAGAGGAGCUCCCGCUGGCUUCCGGUGCACCCAAGGUUCAAGAGGAUCCCGGGUUGCCUUCAAGCACAUCCAAGACGGAAGAUGACCUCCGAUUGCCAUCUAGCACGCCCCAGGUUGAAGGUGACACUGGAUUGCCAUUCAGCGCACCCAGAGUAACCGGCAGAGCUCCAAAGGCUGAACCGUCCAAAGAGGUCCAGCAAAAGGCCGGUGGCACAUGGUUCUCACAUUUGGCGAUGGAGGGCGACGAAGACGAUAAAGACACAAGCAUCGCAAACUCGGGUGAAGGCUUGGAGGACUAUGGAGAAGACUCCGAAGUCUCUGAUAGAGGCUCCGAGGACGAGACAGCAACUCGCGAAGAGAGCGACUACCAUGCCGAUGAUGAGGCCGAAACAUCUGACUUCGAGGUCACCAAGGCCAAGUUCAUUGCUACCCAAUUCCUUCAAGGCAAGGCGAUCGCGGUACGAAAAGCCCAUGCCACCAAAACGCUGGGUGUUGCGUUGGUGGAGAUGCCAGGUGACCGAAUGACCGAGAGCUGGCUGCAGCACGUGCAAGCCAGAUCCAAGGACGUCAGAUGCACCAUUCUUGUUCGCGGUCGCAGGAUCCAUUCCCGUCUUGUCUGGGCAUGA